UUGUAAUGUCUUCUGAAAUGUCUAGAAGCGAUUUCUUGUAUUGUAUUAAUAUUGUUUCUAUUUUGUCCAACUUAUUAUAUUACAAAUAUAACUGAAAUUUUAUUUGUAUUUAAAAAUCUGUGUAGCACAUAUAUGAGAAUUGAUACAACUCCGAUAUGUGUUCUGAAAUGCCGAAGGAGUUUCAGAAGACGUCUGAGGUUUUACCGUUCACGAAAUAUGGUAUUUCCACAGUGGAUGAAUUUCAAAAAGUUGAAAAGGAUAUGCAUCAUUUAGAAUGGUUAAAAAAGAUUGGUUUAACUAAUGAAGAAAUCAAUUUAUACCAAGAAAACGAAGCGGGUCUCUUGGACCAACGCAAAAAGAUUGAGUCAAGUGCUUUAAAGUCUAAAUUGGAAGCAUUGUAUAAUAAAAUCAAUGAAAAUCAAAAUUCAUCAGGAAGUUCAAAAGAAACCAAUGUCAACCCAGGAACUUCUGAUGUUCAAGAGGAUAGGUUAAAAAGAUUGCAGACAAAAACAAUUUCGUUUUAUCCCGAGGGACAUCCGAUGAAUGAGUUGAAGGAGAUAGAAGAGAACUUAUUUGGACAUCUGAGGAAUGAUAACAUUUUACCUUUAACAAAAAGACGUAAAAUACUAAGACGACUCGAGAGAAAAAAAGAGAAAUUAAUUUUACAGCAAAAGCAACCAGGAAUUAUACCAGUUGCUGGCCCAUCGGAAGUAAAACCAGGAAGUCUAUGGGAUGUCAAAGAGAGACCCAAUAAAACCUUAUCAGAAAAAUCAAAGUUGAUAGGUCCUAAACAACAGAAUAUGUACACUGUCAAAAAUAACAAAAUUGUGAGAUUGGAACCCGUACAAAAUGAGGAUGAAAGGGAACAAGAGUUCCGAGCGGUUGAUAUUGUGGUUCCAGUAAAUGCUGCAGAAGAGCAAUUGUUAGAAGGCACCAAGAUGUGCUUGGAUGAUAUUAAGAAGAUAGAAAGAUUUAAAGACUAUGAACCUGGUAUACCAUCUAAAGUGUUAUUCCUAAAGAACAUAUCACCGAGUAUAACACAGGAACAGCUAUCGCUAUUGUUCAAUCAGUUCCACUUAGAGAACGGUGGUCCAGUACAGUUGAGACUCAUGACGGGAUGGAUGAGAGGACAGGCUUUCGUUACAUUUCAAAGUGAAGACUUAGCUAUACAAGCUCUUGAAGAAGUGAAUGGUACCAUAAUGGGUGGUCAGCCUAUAAUAGCUCAAUUCGGCAGAAACAGUAACAGGAUAGAAAUUGAAGAAAAUAGAUAAAUCACACUAAUUAAAUCAAUAUCAGUGUACUCUUAAGUAUCAUAUUAUAAAUUUUAAGUAAUCUAAUAUAUACUUAUAGUCUAAGAACAUUAAAUGUAUAUAGUGUUACAAAA